UUUCUGUUACAUCCAGAGUCCUUUUCCCAGGCUCUUUGUUUCUUUGUAUGGAGGUGCUUCUCCUGGGCUCCAUAUCCCUCUGACCACAAAUAUCAACCGGAGGACCACCACCACCCCCCUCCCCCCUCCACACCCAGACCUCGUAUUCACGCCCUUACUGUCUCCCGGCUGCUGAUCCGCACACGAACCCAUCUGACGCAGCACCCAGCUUUGCUCACCCACACCUCGUUGUCUUCCCUUUGAGUCUGGAGUGGCCUUUGUCGAGGGCUUGCCUUUGCCAGCUCGCACGGCGUCAAACGGUAAUUGUCGGGUUUUGCGCAUGUUUUUCCCCUCCCAGGGAACCAUCCUCUCCACAAAAAGAAUUUCACAUCACGAGUCGAACCUUUUUCGACCUGCGGCGAACGACUCGGAUUACUACAACCUCCACAACCCAAGGGCCACCCAGGAUUUACAGUUUGGUGGCCACGCGCAGCAAGUCAUCCAAAAGAACUCAUGCGAACCAAUCGAGCCAUCUAAUCGAUUGUUGUAUUGCAAGCUCUCGGAUGCCCCUCAGCCACGAGUCUGAGACUAGCGAGUGAGUCGAGUGAUCACAGCGGCCAAUUAUUCAUCGCGGCUGGUUGCGGCAACCCUAUCCCUGCCCUGAAAUCCCUCCCAUCCCACCAACGCCUGGGAACCUCUCAAGAACUUACUCACCCCCAAGAGAGGGGACCCCGUCGCUGGAUCCCAGCGAGAGGCACGUACCUAGCGGCGUCACCAUCGCACUUGGUCACGGCGGAGGUCAUCCUUAGCCUGACGCAUCUGGCAUAUGUUGACGGGGUCGACGGAACAGCCCUCCCAUCUCCAGCGAACGAGACCAAGGUUACAGGCUUUCCCGGCCCUUCCUGCCCUUCCUGCCCUUUUUUCCCCUCUGUUCUGACAAGCUGACUGGCAUUUGGCCUCGCUUGGCUCCCAACUUUCCACGGCUGUGACUUGCGGAACCAGCCUCUGGUCAGGGUAUUCUGGGAGUCCAUCUCUUCCUCCCUCCUCUUUUUUUUUUUGCCGCCCGCAUCUGCAUCUGUCCCCGUCCGCACCAUUGCGCUCGCCAUCAUCCGAGGAGUGGAGCCUGCAUUGGCGGCCGGUGACGAGCGCUGCAGAACAUCGAGGGGGCGUUCGUCUUAUUCGACUUCCAGCUGCGACUGGCUGACGCUCUGUCCAAUAAAGACCGACAAGGGCUUGAUAUCUUGUGGAACAUUCGGAUCGAACUCGCCGUAACGCACAAACUGCAACCCUCCCCCAAGCGUGCCUUUGCUGCAACAAAUCCUGCAGAACAGAUUUCAUUUAUCUCGGAUCAGUGCUAGUAGGUUGCUGUCAAGCUUGCUAGCGAGAGCCGAUCGAUUUGGUGACGGCGAGGCCAACACAAUAUUCAGGCGGACGUUACUCACCCCAUCCCACUCCACCUAGAGCGCUAAUAGCCGUGUGUGCAACAAAGCAAGGAGAGAGGGGAGGGGCAAAGCAGCAAGGCAUCCCGAAAGGUGUAACCCCGCCAUACGCAGGACGCCCGUCACCUGGAAGUUGACAGGUCACACCAGCAGGAAGGGAGGUUUCCGUCUUUGUCUCUUUUCGGCCUGGCAAGCCCACCUUGGACUGCAUUUUUGCAAGGUAUAUUUCAGUCCCUCCACAAGCACCGAGACCAGUGGCCGGAGUUCCCCUUGCAGCAGUUUGCAGCAACUUUUAACCUUCAACUCUCGACAUCACCUACGGAUCUAUCUUGGACAAAGUCCGCCCAAAAACCACUGGGAACUGGCGGGGAAGCCCUCAGCUCCCAAGGUUGCGCACCCAGCACACACCCACUCCCGCAUCCAACCAGCGAUUUCCGUCAGGCAGCCGAACAGGCCGAGCCACAAGGCACUUGCCGAGCACCAGGUCAGGUUCCCAAAACUGCGGGAGGGCCAGGAGGCUCGGAUUACGAGCAGCGGCGCUACUUGUCACUACCCACGCCGACCAUUUUUUUGAAAAGGUGGCAGCAGACCCAGCCCAAGGAUCGUGAGAGGACCACGGGCCACCCACCCACCCCAAAGCCUAACUAGCCGGGCUCCAUCCCAAGGAACCCCACCUGGCGCCUGGCAGCUGAUGAUCCCUGUCCUGGAGCGCUAGUAGCCUCAAUACCGCUUCUCCGGACCGCCUCCUUGGGUCAUUCCCUUAGUGCCCUUUGGCCUUGGGGUGCCCUUUAGGGGCUUCCAGAAAAUCGACAGGCAGCGCCCACCAGGCCUACAUACAUUUACCUUGGCUGCUCUCCCGCCCGAAGCCCUAGUUCCCAUCCCAAAAUCUCUCCCUCCUUCGGUUGUGCCUGCAGCGGUCGAGAGCCUAUAGCGCCGGCUUGCCACUCUGUUCCAAGCAGCCCUUGGAGCCCUUGGGACACCACUCUCCACCCCCAUCACAUCCACCACGUCUCCAAUCAUUCUUCAUCAACCGCCUCUUCCUUCCCAGCAUCGUCAUCUCAGCUCGUCACGUCCUCACCGACCUGUCCACUCUCACAACGUCUCUCACCCUUUCUCACCUCUUCUCACCAUCUCUUGGAUCGCCUUCCUUUCGACGGCCUCUGACGCAGCCCUUCCGUCCGAACGCCCGCCCGCCUGUCUGCGAACACCUGAUCCUCUUUUUUGGCCCAGGGCCCCGACUACUUCGUACCAUCUCACAAAGUUUUUUUUGCGUUGCCCGUACGCCUUCUAAGCAACUUAAUACCUCAGCCCGGUCACCUCGCACACCCUUGCAGGAACUCAUCCCUCUAUUUACUUCUUCCCCCCCUUCCCUUCGCAGUGCAGUGCUUGCGACUGCGCCCGCGCCCGACAACCAAACCCUCCCUCCCGCCGUUCGACCUCGAGCUGGUUCUGAGGUCGACGUCUUCAUCCCCUUUGGAUUCCUCGUACGCUCUGCGAGCAAAGUCUCUCUGUUUGCUUUCCAUCGACGCCUCGACGGUCCUCUCCUUGCCCGUUUUCCGUUAGCCUCGGUUGUUUCCUGGUCUGCGUCAACCCCCUUCGCUGGACCUGUGUCACCCACCCACGAUCUUUGGAUACCUCAUGGCGGCGCAAAUGGCGGAUCCCCGGGAUGCUCAACGUCCUCAGUACCCUCCUCCGGAUGAUCCAAUCCAGAGUGGCUACUAUUCACAACAGUCUCCUCAGCGUCCUGCCGCGAGAGACGACCGCAGCCCAUAUCCUCCCCCAGAACCAGUGAGGCAGCAGUAUCCGGACCCAAGGGCAGCUCAUCCAUAUCCUCCUCCCCAGGCAUGGCCAGGUCAGCAUGGUGCUUAUCCUCAUUAUCCAGAUCCUGCGCAUCCAGCAUAUGCAUAUCCUCCGAGGCCUGAGAUGGGACAACCCCCACCACCCAUGCAACCGGAUGCGUACCGCCUUCCCCCAAUGUAUGCGCAUCCCCACGCAGGGUACUAUGCUUCUCCCUACCCUCCGCCUGCUCCUGCUGCUGCACCACGACAACGUACGGCUAUAGCCUGCAAAUAUUGCCGGAAGAGAAAGAUUCGGUGCUCAGGCUAUGACAGUUCUCCCGAUGGCCGUUGUCAAAACUGCGUGCGGUUCAACCAGCAGUGCCUGUUCCAUCCCGUCUCAUCGCAAGCUGCUUUUGUUCCCGCCAACGCAGUGUAUGGACCCAAUGCUGCGCGGGCACCCAUUGCUGGUCAGGGUGAUGGCCGAGCUGGCCAAAAUGGACACCACUAUCCUCGGGAAGGCGACCAGCCGCCAAUGCUCUAUGGUGCCCACGGUCAACCUCUAGGACCCGCAGGACCUCAUGGACAACCCCAGUACAGCUAUCCCCCGCCACCACCCCAUGGUUAUCCCCCUGCGCCUUAUCCCUACUCGUACCCUCCUGCUGGACCACCGUAUGACGCACAUGGGCAGGCUCAAGCUGCUCAGCAUGAUGGACGUGUCAGUCUCAAACGUCCCCCUCCUGAUGAUGACCCCCACAAUGAGAAUUCUCAUGCGUCCCAGUCUCCCCAUCCCAGCUCGCGUGCGCGCAAUAGUACAUAUGACUCGCGCCAAAACAGCAGUGGCAGCUAUGAUUAUGCGGAUCAUACGAGCGGCGCGCCCACCUCGCCCGCUACGUCGACCAUGAGCUAUCAGUCCUUUCCUCAACAGCAGGCUCGCUGUCCCAACGGCAACCAGUUUCAGAAGGGCAACGUGUCACCGUCCGGUCUCACACCACAAUCGGCGCAAAGCUACAACUCUCCCCGUCAGGCGCCAGCCUACGAUGACGGGAGGACUCCGCCCCCCAAUCAACCCGGCUCGGCAGGGUCCUCGACAAACGGCAGAAGUGGCAUGAAGGUGCACGAGAUGAUUGAGCAUACCCGGACUACAGCUCCGGACCUACGGGGCAAGAACGAUAACGACAUGUUGAGCAAGCUCGACGGCAAGAAAUAGCGAAAGUUCGCUCGUGCACUGGCGCCCUUCUCGACCUCUCCUCAAAGACCCUGCUUACCCCUCGACAAGAAUCCAGCAGAGGCUGCUCUCCUCCCCAGGAGCUGGCUCGUGGAGCACUCUCAUCAUCAAAUGUUAUCAACUCGACGUGCAUGUGUGCAUGCAUGCGUGCACAUUUGCUUUCAGGGCGUUGUCGCGUCUCGGCGACAUCAUGGAUGGACUACAUGACUUUUUCUUGUUUUCAAAAGGAUACACAACCUGGGGCAACCCAAAUCUCUUUAUUUUCAUCAUUAUCGGUCUUUACUGGAAUUUCGCCAGUGAAUCGGACGAAAAGGGCUAAAAUGGGAUAAGAUAAACCAUUGGGUGGCUGUUUGAUCAAGUUCUCUUUCUCUCGGAAGACCGCAAAGCUGUUUACGACGUUUUUGCCCGAUGGUCCUCGGCUAUCAGAGCCCGAUUCACCGCUUUGCGAAUGUUGAACGAAAUGCACACUUGGGUGGCUAUCUGAAUUGUUUGUUUUUUCUGUUUCGAAUGCACUACUGUACCUGGGAAGGCUGUCUGAAUCCUUUUUGUUGUUUUUCACGCAGAAAAGAAACCAAACGCGGCGUUGCAAUCUUGUGUACUCAUAGUACCAGUUACCACCUUCUCGGGUCAUUGGGCAGCGGUUCUGUUUUGUUUGAAGCUGUUCCAUCUCAAGCUCUCCCAUCAAUACGGGAUUCUCAACGGAUUUUAUGAGAUCAAACGAGGGUGGAAAGAGUGGGCGGCAGAACAAAGCCACUGGCUGAAGGCGCGAGAUGGGCGUUUGGAGAUACUGGAGUUGUUAAUGGGGCGAAGACAAGAGGCGAGAACAAUCUCGUUGGAGCUUGGGCUCUCCGCGAAGCGGCCGCAACGACUGGCGCCACGACACCCAACACCGGCAGCCAGAGGGAGAUGUUCGAGCUCGGCGGGAUUCUUGCUCUGCCGGCACCUUGGGAAAAGGAGGGGAUGGAUCAAUGGAGGCUUGUUCGAGCUUGUCUGCUAGUUUCUGAAUGCGUACAACCUUUAUUUAGUUUCUGGUGCCAUGAGUGUAUUUUUGUCAGCGCGUAAUCUGUUGGAGUCGUACGCCCUCAUAUGAUAGACCGUUUCUCAUCGUCAUAAGAUCUGCC